AUGCUGACAUGUCACAAGUCUGCGCUCUUCAACUUCCAGUCCCUGCUACUGGUCAUCCUCCUCUUCAUCUGCACAUGCUCCUACACACAUGGCGUCUUCCCUGCCAUUAUGGACAAGCACAAGGACGGUUUCACCUCUGUAUUCUGGAGAGCAGCACGUAUUGGCGAGCGUCUGAGUCCAUACAUCAGCGUCUGCUGCGUCGUCAUGGCCGGUAGAAUUUUUAUCGGACAAUAA